GUUCACCGCCGCCCCAAGUCCUGUUCUCUGCAGUUGAGGUUUCGGGUUUCAACCCUCCCAGGACCGCGAGACGUUGCAGCGAGCGCCGUGCGGCUGGCGCCUCCGCCUCCGCGCCUCCACCACGGCUCCUCGCGGGAGAUAAUUUCAGAGCCGCGGCCGCGCACUCGCCCUGCGCCAGACCCAGGUUGGGCGCAGCGGCGGAGGCUGCUCCCGGGCUGCGCUGGCUGAGUGCGUUGGGAGGCGGCGAUCACAGCUGGGCCGGGACUUCCUUCCUGCACCGCAGGACAACAAAACAACCCGGCAGCAGGCACUGAGCUAUUGGCAGCUGUCUGGGCGAGAGGCACAGCGAUGGGCUCCGUGCUGAGCAGCGAUAGCGGCAAAUCGGCGCCCGCCUCUGCCACCCCGCGGGCCCUGGCGCGCAGGGGGGACCCUGAGCUGCCCGUCACGUCCUUCGACUGCUCCGUGUGCCUUGAGGUGUUACACCAGCCUGUCCGGACCCGCUGUGGCCACGUAUUCUGCCGCUCCUGUAUCGCUACCAGUCUAAAGAAUAAUAAGUGGACCUGUCCAUAUUGCCGGGCAUAUCUGCCUUCAGAAGGAGUUCCAGCAACUGACAUAGCCAAAAGGAUGAAAUCCGAGUACCAGAACUGCGCCGAGUGUGACACCCUGAUUUCAUCUUUGAGGUUUAACUUCCGUAGCUUGGGCAAAAUGAAGCAGAGUGGGAAGGCAACCUUACCACAGCUGUGUGUAUGUCCAUUUUGCCAGAGGGAAUUGGAUGAAGACAGCUUGCUGGAUCAUUGUAUCACUCAUCACAGAUCGGAAAGGAGACCUGUAGAUUUUAAUAUAAUCGAGGAAGCUCUUAUCCGAAGAGUCUUAGACCGGUCACUUCUUGAAUAUGUGAAUCACUCGAACACCACAUAAUUUUAUUAAAAGGAACAGGAAGGGGACCAUUCAAUUGCACCAUAAGAUGCUGCUUAGACAAUUGUAGAGAGAUUGUCAAUGUUUGAUGGAUGAAAAUGUACAGCACAGUUACAUGUUUGCCUACGUUUAUUGGUAUAGUGCAUUUAAAAACUGCUUUCAUUUUGAUGGUUUAAAUCUGUCUUGCAUUCUUGAGUUUCUAAGACAUUUAAGAACAAAAAUUAGUCUACAUCAGUCAACAUAUGGAAGAGACACAGGCUAGGUAUGUAGGUGGAGGAUCUCUAUUUGCAAAUUUGAUGAUACUGAGUGUAAUACUACAUAUUAAUAACAACCAUCAUGGUUAGGCAUGAAAACUAAUCUCUGUUCUAUGUGAAAAGAUGGAGAGUAAAACCAAGUGCAGACAAUCAAGGAAAUAUGAACUCUGCUCCAAUGCUCUUGUUUUAAUCUCU